UUUGACUCUUUUGCAUUGCUGUUACCCAAAUCUGUCACGCAAAUGUGUGGUAAUUUUACUGUAUUUAAACUGCCAUUGACUUCACUCCUUUCACACCUGCACAGGUAAGGUAAAGCUGGGUUACAACACUUGAUUAAUUCAUCUGGCUAUAGCUUAACUAAAUUAACUGUAAAUGUAUAAAUGUUUAAAAAGCCUGAUACAGCCUGAUAAAUAGCAUCUCUCAAAGUAUUGUCUCCACUAACUAAUCUCCUCCCUCCAUCAUCCUUCCAGAAACAGCAGCUGAAACCCGGCAGCACUGAACCAAAGCAGCUGAAAUGGCAAACCUGAAGACUGGAGACGCAGCCGACUGGAUCAAAUCUCUGAUUCAAGAGUCCCACAAGGCCAAAGAGUUCUCCUACUGUCCUUACAGCCAGCUCCGAGUGGGAUCAGCCCUGCUCACAGAGGAUGGAAGAAUCUUCUCAGGUUGCAAUGUUGAGAACGCGUGCUUCUACCUGGGUCUGUGUGCAGAGAGGACGGCCAUAAACAAGGCUGUCUCUGAAGGAUACAAGAAAUUCAAGGCCAUCGCUGUGUCUAGUGACCUGGAGGACCGGGUGAUCCCUCCUUGUGGCGCCUGCCGACAGGUCAUAAGAGAGUUUGGUGAUAUACCCGUCUUCAUGACCAAGGUGGACGGAUCCUACACCAUGAUGUCACUGGAGGAGCUGCUUCCUCUGUCAUGGGGCGCCGAGUACCUGAAGAAGUAGGAGAUGGACUCUCUGAAACAUUAAAGCAUUUACUAGAUGUCAUCAAGUAUGAAGUGAUGAGCACUGUUUGAUUUUUGUGACACCUAGUUUUGAAUCUUAGA